AUGCAUCUUUCUGCCAAGUUCGCGUUGCUCCUUGCAUCCAUCUCUGUCUCUAUCGCUUCCCCCAUCCACGAUGCCACUCUCGGAAAGCCCGCCCCUCUUGUCACCUCUGCCUCUGUUCCCGAGCAUGAAAUUCCAAACAACUACAUUGUAGUCUUCAAGAAGCACGUCGAUGAUGUGUCUGCCACUGGGCAUCACAGCUGGGUUACCGACCUUCACGAAACAUCCAUCUCAUCGCUCCGGAAGCGAAGCCAGAUCCCUCUGAUCCGCGGAGAAAGUGACUCUAGCAGCUCUGUUGAUGUCGAUAUUGAUUCCUUAACCGGUCUCAAGCACACAUACAACAUCUCUGGAAGUCUCCUCGGUUACUCUGGCGCUUUUGACGAAUCCGUUGUGGAGCGGAUUCGUAAUCACCCUGAUGUAAGUUCCGUUUAACCCCAUUCUGAGAGCCUAUCCCACCGAGAGCCAUGCGCUAUACCGCGAGUGCGCGUUGCACGUGACCCUCUCGGGCUAGCCCCAACACUUUUAUCGUGGCCGGUCAAGCUAACGUGACACCUUUAUCCCAGGUUGCCUAUGUUGAGAAAGAUGCUAAGGUUUAUGCUCUCGAGGAACCUGUAACCGAGCACUCUGCCCCUUGGGGUCUUGCUCGUAUCUCUCACCAAGAGAGUCUGAACUUUGGCUCCUACAAUAAAUACAUCCACCAGGCCCACGGUGGUCAGGGCGUUGAUGUUUAUGUCAUUGACACUGGCACUAACACCGAUCACAACGACUUUGAAGGCCGUGCCCAUUGGGGAAAGACCAUUCCUGCUGGUGAUGAGGACGUAGAUGGCAACGGUCACGGAACCCAUUGCUCGGGCACCAUCGCAGGAAAGAAGUAUGGUGUUGCUAAGCAGGCCAACGUUUAUGCCAUCAAAGUUCUCCGAUCUAACGGAUCUGGAACUAUGUCGGACGUUGUUAAAGGUGUUGAAUACGCCGCCGAAUCACACGUCAAGAAGGCCGCCGCUGCUGCCGCCAAGAAGGAUAAAAAUUUCAAGGGCUCAGCUGCCAACAUGUCCCUUGGUGGCGGAAAGGUUCGAACUCCCUCGGAUGGGUGAAUGCUACUAAAACUAAUUAACCCCCCCCUUUUUUUUUCUAGUCGAACGCGCUGGACCAGGCUGUCAAUGGCGCUGUGAUGCUGGGCCUCAACUUUGCCGUAGCCGCCGGAAAUGACAAUGCUGAUGCUUGUGACUACUCGCCUGCUGCCUCUUCUAAGGCUGUUACCGUUGGUGCUUCUACUCUUGCGGAUGAGAGGGCCUAUUUUUCCAACUACGGAAAAUGCGUUGGUAUGUCCAUUUUGAUCAACCGUCUUCGCUCUUCCCGUUUAACGAUCCAUAGAUAUCUUCGCCCCUGGCUUGAACAUUCAAUCUACUUGGAUUGGCGGCCCUGAUGAGACUAAGACCAUCUCCGGGACCUCCAUGGCUUCUCCCCAUAUUGCUGGGCUCCUCGCGUACUUCAUCUCUCUUCAGCCAAAGCAGGGCUCGUCAUAUGCCGUUGGCGAAUUGACUCCCGCUCAUCUCAAGAGAAACAUGAUUUCGAUCGCCUCAGAGGGUUGUCUCACAGGUAUCCCAGCCGAUACCCCCAACCUCCUCGCCUACAACGGCGGUGGAUCCGGAAACCUGAGCGACAUCUUUGAUGGUGCCCGCCACAGGCAUGGCCACAAGUCAUCCGGCAGAGUGGUUGAGGACGUUACCGAUGUCACGGAAGAGCUUAUCAACGAAACCGAGGCUUUCCUGGACGAUAUCGAGGAUAAGGCGGUUCAUGAGAUCAAGACCCUAUUCGAUAAAGCCAGAGCUGCCCUCAAUUCCCGGGAUUAG